CCAGCCGCACCGCGUCCCUGCCGUCUCCGCCGCCCCGCAGGCCACGGGCCCUCGCGUUCCCAGCGCCGUGGGUCCCUAGUCCCCGUGUCCCAGCUCCGGCGACAUGACGCUGAAGGCGAGCGAGGGCGAGGGCGGGGGCAGCAUGCGCACCGCGCUCUCCGACCUCUACCUGGAGCACUUGCUGCAGAAGCGCAACCGGCAGGAGGCCACAUCGCACCAGUUGAAUGCAGUGACUGAAGACAUGUACACCAACGGGUCUGCUGCCCCAGGUAGCCCUGCCCAGGCCAAGGGGCAGGAGGGGAUCACUCUGAAGCUGAAUGAAAAACAGUCCUGUACGGUGGCCAGAAUUCUUCAUGGCGGCAUGAUUCAUAGACAAGGCUCUCUUCACGUGGGGGAUGAGAUCCUAGAAAUCAACGGCACAAAUGUGACCAAUCAUUCAGUAGAUCAGCUGCAGAAGGCAAUGAAAGAAACCAAAGGAAUGAUCUCUUUGAAAGUAAUUCCCAACCAGCAAAGUCGUCUUCCUGCGCUACAGAUGUUCAUGAGAGCGCAGUUUGACUAUGACCCCAAAAAGGACAAUCUGAUCCCUUGCAAGGAGGCGGGGCUGAAAUUUGCAACUGGGGACAUUAUCCAGAUCAUCAACAAGGAUGACAGCAACUGGUGGCAAGGACGGGUGGAAGGCUCCUCCAAGGAGUCAGCAGGAUUGAUCCCGUCCCCCGAGCUGCAGGAGUGGCGAGUGGCAAGUGUGGCUCAGUCGGCUCCCAGCGAAGCCCCAAGCUGCAGUCCCUUUGGGAAGAAGAAGAAGUACAAAGACAAGUACCUGGCCAAGCACAGUUCGAUUUUUGACCAGUUGGAUGUUGUUUCCUACGAGGAAGUUGUCCGGCUCCCUGCGUUCAAGAGGAAGACGCUGGUGCUGAUUGGCGCCAGCGGGGUGGGUCGCAGCCACAUCAAGAACGCCCUGCUUAGCCAGAGCCCAGAGAAGUUUGUGUAUCCCGCCCCAUAUACAACACGGCCGCCGAGGAAGAGCGAGGAAGACGGGAAGGAGUACCACUUCAUCUCAACGGAGGAGAUGACCAGGAACAUCUCUGCCAACGAGUUCUUGGAGUUUGGCAGUUACCAGGGCAACAUGUUUGGCACCAAAUUUGAAACGGUGCACCAGAUUCACCAGCAGGACAAGGUUGCCAUCCUUGACAUCGAGCCCCAGACCCUGAAGAUUGUCCGGACAGCUGAACUUUCACCUUUCAUUGUGUUCAUUGCACCUACUGACCAGGGCACUCAGACGGAAGCCCUGCAGCAGCUGCAGAAGGACUCUGAGGCCAUCCGCAGCCAGUAUGCUCACUACUUUGACCUCUCACUGGUCAACAAUGGUGUCGAUGAAACCCUUAAGAAACUGCAAGAAGCCUUUGACCAGGCGUGCAGUUCUCCACAGUGGGUGCCCGUCUCCUGGGUCUACUAAGCCUGCAGACCAGGGACCCACUGCGUGCCCCUCUCCAGCACUUGAGACUCCGUUCCCCUCGCUUUGAGACAGGGCUGCUCCGAGUUUUGUGUCCGCUUCGCGCUCUCUGCAGCUACCCUAAGACAGCAGGAUUCAGUCUUCUUUCUCAGGCUCCAGAAGGGCUGGGAUUCAAUUUCUCUGACAGAUGGGGCCCCCACUGAUCUGGAUUUCAAAAGGAUCUCUGGAAACUGGGGCAAGAAGCACCACCAGAAUGUAACUGCUGCUCAGAGAGCAGUUCCGUCACAGCUUGCCCUCGUUCACCUUCAAUUACACCAGGCAUCUUAUUUGUCUUUUUACUUUGAAGAAAGCGUUUUUUAACUGCCACUUUCUAAAAUGCCAAAAUGAAACAUCUGUGCAAUAGAAUGUCUGCUCUAGGAAAACCCUCAAAAGCAAUAAAAAUGCCAUGUGAAAAUGCCA